CCAGGCUGGAGCGACUGGCGCAGGCACGUCAGCUCCCACGUGGCCGAUGCGGGGUCCUAAACUAUUCCUUCUCCCUCGACGCCCUUCCCAUUCUCCCAACGAAACCCGCGCGCAGGGCAUAAAAGCCCGACCAACCGACCGACCCCAGCUCACCCCAACCAGCCACCACCACCAGGUCCAGUCCAGGAGCCACCAGAGGCCGGCCCCGAUGCCCGCCUCGCCGUCGCGCCCCACGCCGGCUCCGGCCACGCCGCCCUCCGCCGUAGCCACGCCUCGCCGGCGCCGGCGCCUCCUCCAGGGGAAGCCCAAUAACUCCCACCACCACCACCACUCGCCGUCGCCGUCCCUGAUGCAGGCGCCGCCGGCGGCGUCCCCGUUCUCCUUGUUCCCGCCGAGGUCGCCGUCGCCGUUCCACCGGUUCCUCCCGUCCCCGCUGCGCGCCUCCGCCGUGCCCUUCUCGUGGGAGCACCGCCCGGGCAUCCCCAAGACGCCCGCCCGGAACCGCAGCUCCAGCUCCAAGGGCGGCAGCGGCAUCAAGGCGCUCCCGCUCCCGCCGUCGCUCCUCGCCCGCUCCUGCGCCGGCGGCUCCGACCCCUACGCCUCCGUCGUCCCGGCCGAGUACGCCGCCGCCAUGGACCGCCCGCCGGCGCGCCAGCUGGGCGCCUCCGGCUCCGGCUGGAGGGUGCGCGUGCGCCGGACCCGCGGGCGCCGGUCGCCCAGCAGGCUCGGCGACGCCCUCGCCGAGUGGCUGUCCAUGCUCAGCCUCUACCGCUCCUGCAAGCGCGCCGCCGCCUGCUUCGCCGCAAAGGUCAAGUCGCCGGCGGCCUAAGCUGAGCCCCGACCGCGCGCCGAGAGAUAAGUCGUCGUCGUCGUUGCCCGCAAUCUGCUGCGACUUCCAGUUCUUAGUCUCAUCUCCAUCUCCCACUCCCAGCUCGCGCGCGUGUGUGUGUGUGUGUGUGAUGUGCGUUGGUGAUAGCAAAGAUUGGUGUGCGUGAUGGCGUUUGCAUUUGUGCGAUGAUAAUUCACUGUAAAUUACUCGAGUUACUAGUAUAUUACAGUAAAUAGGAGUAGCAGUACUACAAGUUGUAUUUUAGCGUUGCCAAUAAUUCGUGAGGCGCCGCCGCACCAUUAAUUGCAGGCAGUCAAUGGAAUGUUUUGGUGCUGUUGGUGAUCUUUAA